AAAGGUUACAAAUUGUCAUCCACCAAUCAAAAACCAGAUACUGAUAUUCAUGGAUAAGUAUUCUGGGCAAUUUUGAGUCAUUUAUAUACAGAUGGUGCAAGCCCAUUAAACUCAUCAAGCCACAAAUCAAAAUAUUCUUUCUCUGUAGUAGCUGCAUUCAAGAGUUUUCUCAUUUUAUUUCUACAAUGGCAGCUGCUACAAUGGCUCUUUCUUCCCCUUCUUUUGCCGGAAAGGCGGUAAAACUCUCACCAUCUGAAACCACUGGAAAUGGGAAAGUUACCAUGAGGAAGACUGCAAGCAAGGCCAAGCCUGUCUCUUCUGGCAGCCCAUGGUACGGUCCUGAUCGUGUCAAGUACUUGGGGCCAUUCUCUGGUGAGUCCCCAAGCUACUUGACUGGUGAGUUCCCUGGUGAUUAUGGAUGGGACACCGCUGGACUUUCAGCUGAUCCAGAAACUUUCGCCAAAAACCGCGAGUUAGAGGUGAUCCACUGCAGAUGGGCCAUGCUUGGAGCUCUUGGUUGUGUUUUCCCUGAGCUCUUGGCACGUAAUGGUGUCAAGUUCGGUGAAGCUGUAUGGUUCAAGGCAGGAUCUCAAAUUUUCAGCGAGGGUGGACUUGAUUACCUGGGCAACCCAAGUUUGGUCCACGCACAAAGUAUUUUGGCCAUUUGGGCUUGUCAAGUUGUGUUGAUGGGAGCUGUUGAGGGUUACCGUGUUGCUGGUGGACCUCUUGGUGAGGUUGUUGACCCACUUUACCCUGGUGGUAGUUUCGACCCAUUGGGUCUUGCUGAAGACCCAGAGGCUUUUGCUGAGCUCAAGGUAAAGGAGAUCAAGAAUGGUAGACUUGCUAUG